GCUCCUGCAGGCCCCGGGCCCGGCCCGGCGGCGGCGGCGGCUCCAGCUCCAGGCCUCGCGCGUCGCAGCCAUGGCCCUGGUGACCCUGCAGCGCUCGCCCACGCCCAGCGCCGCCUCCUCCUCGGCCAGCAACAGCGAGUUGGAGGCUGGCAGCGAUGAAGACCGAAAGUUAAACCUCAGCUUGAGUGAGAGCUUUUUCAUGGUGAAGGGAGCAGCCCUCUUCUUACAACAAGGAAGCAGCCCUCAAGGCCAACGGAGUCUUCAGCAUCCUCACAAGCAUGCAGGUGACCUGCCCCAGCACCUGCAAGUCAUGAUCAACCUCCUGCGCUGUGAGGACAGGAUCAAGCUGGCCGUGCGCCUGGAGAGCGCCUGGACGGACCGCGUGCGCUACAUGGUGGUGGUGUACAGCAGCGGGCGCCAGGACACCGAGGAGAGUAUCUUGCUGGGAGUCGACUUUUCCAGUAAGGAAAGCAAAAGCUGCACCAUUGGGAUGGUCCUGCGGCUGUGGAGCGACACGAAGAUCCACCUGGAUGGAGACGGUGGGUUCAGCGUGAGCACGGCAGGGAGGAUGCACAUAUUCAAGCCCGUGUCUGUCCAGGCCAUGUGGUCUGCCCUGCAGGUGCUCCACAAGGCCUGCGAGGUGGCCCGAAGACACAACUACUUCCCAGGGGGUGUGGCGCUCAUCUGGGCCACCUACUACGAGAGCUGCAUCAGCUCCGAGCAGAGCUGCAUCAACGAGUGGAACGCCAUGCAGGACCUGGAGUCCACGCGGCCCGACUCCCCAGCCCUGUUUGUGGACAAGCCGACUGAAGGGGAGAGGACGGAGCGCCUCAUCAAAGCCAAGCUGCGGAGCAUCAUGAUGAGCCAGGAUCUCGAAAACGUCACCUCCAAGGAAAUCCGUAAUGAGCUGGAGAAACAGAUGAACUGCAACCUGAAAGAGUUCAAGGAGUUCAUAGACAACGAGAUGCUGCUCAUCCUGGGGCAGAUGGACAAGCCCUCCCUCAUCUUUGACCACCUUUAUCUCGGCUCUGAAUGGAAUGCGUCCAAUCUGGAGGAGCUGCAGGGCUCAGGGCGGAACCACUCCAAGUGCCUGGUCCAUUGCAAAAUGGGGGUCAGCCGCUCGGCGUCCACCGUCAUCGCCUAUGCCAUGAAGGAGUUCGGCUGGCCCCUGGAGAAAGCCUACAACUACGUGAAGCAAAAGCGAAGCGUCACACGGCCCAACGCAGGCUUCAUGAGGCAGCUGUCUGAGUACGAAGGCAUCCUGGACGCAAGCAAACAGCGGCACAACAAGCUGUGGGGCCAGCAGGCGGACAGCAGCCUCCAGCCGCCUCCCGAAGACCCUCCAGAGCCUGGCGACUUCCUGACGGAGACCCUGGACGGCACUCCCGAUGUCCCAGUGCCCUGCUUGGACAAUGCUGCCCAGCUCGGGCUCCAAGGAGGCCGGGCCCCAGGAGGGCCCGCUCUCCCCUGCUGUUUCCGGAGGCUCUCAGACCCCCUCCUGCCUCCCACUCCUGAGGACGCCGGCAGCGUGGUGCACCUGGAGGACCUCGAGAGGGACGCUCUCUUAGAGGAAGAGGCUUCGCCCGCCGAGGCCCACAAGCCCUCCAGACACCCCCAGGAUGGCGCUGGACUCUGCGAGAAGGAUGUGAAGAAGAAACUAGAGUUUGGGAGCCCCAAAGCCCGGAGUGGCCCCUGGCCCCAGGUGGAGGAGAUGGAGAGGGAAGAGGGCCCGGGCGCAGGGAGAUGGGGGCGGCCCGCGGCCCAGCCUGAGCGGGGCCUCCUGGAGCGCGGCAACCUCAACAACAACAACAGCAAGAGGAGCUGCCCCCAGGACUUGGAGCACGAUGCUAUGUUUGGGAUCCUGAACAAAGUGAAGCCAUCCUAUAAAUCCUGUGCCGAUUGCAUGUACCCUGCAGCCAGCGGAGCUCCCGAGGCCUUCAGGGAGUGGUGUGAGGACCCAGGUGCUCCCGCCAUCUGCACCCAGCCAGCCUUCCUGCCCCACCUCACAUCCUCCCCUGCAGCCCACAUGUCCAGCAGGUCCCGAGGUCUGGAGAAGCCGGCCUCUGGCGUGGCUGACGCGCCCUCCUUCCUACUGCCAGCAGGUUCCAGAAGACCUGAUGCCAGCAGCUCCGGAGCCGCAGCUGCUCCGGAGCUAACAGGUAGCAUUUCAGAACCUUCUAGAGAGACCCCCAGAGUCCUGACAAAGUCCCUCCUAUUGAAGAAUUCUCACUGUGAUAAGAACCCUCCCAGCAUGGAACUGGUGAAGGAAGAACUGUCACCCAAGAAAGAUCCCAAGCCUGCAAAGGACCUGAGGCUUCUGUUCAGUAGCGAAUCCGAGAAGCCCACGGCCAACAGCUACUUGAUGCAGCACCAGGAAUCCAUCAUCCAGCUGCAGAAGGCCGGCCUGGUCCGCAAGCACACCAAGGAGCUGGAGAGGCUGAAGAGCCUGCCCGCAGACAGCGUCCCCGGCCGGCUGGAGGCCAGCAUACCCGAGGAGAGCCAGGAGCCCGCCGCCCCGCAGGACCCUGGGCCCCCAGCUCUGCCCGGACACUCGGGGGGUGACGAGAAGCCAGAAGCUGCCCCCCAACCCGUGGAAGGAGCCUCGCUGAAGAGCCCCCUGCCCCUCCCCUGCCGCCUGGACCACUCCAGCACCUUCUCCAGAGACUUCCUGAGGACCAUCUGCCACACCCCCACCUCCUCGUCCCUCAGCUCCAACAUGACCCGCAGCUCCAGCAGUGACAGCAUCCACAGCGUCCGCGGGAAGCCAGGGCUGGUGAAGCAGCGGACGCAGGAGAUCGAGACGCGGCUGCGGCUGGCCGGCCUCACCGUGUCGUCCCCCCUCAAGCGCUCCCACUCUCUUGCCAAGCUCGGGAGCCUCAACUUCUCCACAGAGGACCUGUCCAGCGAGGCGGACGCCUCCACCCUCGCCGACUCCCAAGACGCCAAGUGGAGCGAACCCUCCUGCCUGCUCGACCCCCAGGCCGUCCCCAGGAACCCGAACCCGGCCUCCAAGCCAUCAGGGAAAUGCGCCCCAGGAAACUUGAACAGCCCCUCCUGGGUGAGCAAAAGCUGACCCACGACAGACUCUCAUGCGAUCCCUCCCUUGUCCCUCGUGGGUUUUGACCCGCCUCUUACAUCUUGAUCUGUCUUAAAGAACCCAAGUCACCCGAGCCUCCCGCUCUUGCCAUGGAGAGGAGGAGACACGGCAGCACAGGAAGGAAGGGGAGGUGCCGGGUGCAGGGAUUUGUCAGAGACACGGAACUCUGUCCCCAAGUCCCGGCUCUGAGAAGAGUACCGAAUCCAGAAGAGCACGUUCAGAUAUGCACACAUCCAAAAUGUUUUAUUGCAACAUGCAAAAGAGGAGUCAUGGUGACGCCACCGUCCCUGUGGCCCACGUUCCCAGCUCAUCCCACCCUCAAAGACACUCGCGAUGGCAGCCUAGUCCUACCUCUGUUCUCGCUGUGCUUUUUGUUUUUUAAAUACGAUGAUUCCCAGGGCUCAUCCCAGGGAAUGCUGCUGUCAGAAAGGGGUUUCCAGGGAGAUUGGCUUCCUUUGGUGGGUACCCCAAGAGCGCCACCCGCCCUGGCUCUGGUGCAGCUGACGGGCAUUGGGUCGGCACUGGGGUCAGUUGGGGGAAACGUGCAGUUCCCUCAGCGCCCCUAUUUCAGGGACGAGGACCCCAGACUGCUGCUUCUCUGUUCCUGCUGCUGAACUGGGCGUGGUCGGGUUGGGGAAGGGCUGGGGCUGCGGUUCUAGGAGGUGGAUCCUCCCAGGAGCCCACCCCUCAGGGUUGUUGGGUCCCAUUUUCCAAUGUUUGGAAAGGGAAGGGAUUUUGGGGGCAGAGACCUCUCCUGGGUCCUGCUCCAGGAGCUACUCACUGCAGCUUCUCUGAAAGGAUGCGACCGGGGAAGGACAGGGAAGAGCGUCGGUGUCUCCAGUCGCCACUUCCUGUGGGGAGAACUGCUUCCUGUCUUUCCAGUUCUCCGGCAGAGGCAGUGACAGCCCAAGUCUCCUUGGGCUCCGCUCUGGGCAACGCCUCGCCUCGAGGAAUCAGGUGAGCUCAGCAGGGCGUGUGACCGGUCUGGGCUGGGUCCCCAAGUGAGGAAGAUGCAGGGACAGCCUGAAGAGAGAGAAGCAGCUGGGGAGCGAGGCAGGGGCUGGUGUGCACCCCCCUCGGCUGAGAAGGGCUUUUACAUUCUCUAGGGGUUGUGAGACAAGAAACUCAUGGCAGCAGGCACCUGUGGCCCACGAAGCCCUGGGUGGUACCCCCAGACCCUUCGUGGAAGUCACCCGCCCACCCUGGUUUUAUAUGACACCCGGCAGCCCAUGACCCUAUAGGAAAAAGUGGGACAAAUUGGAAGUCCUCCUCUGGCUCUUGGACACCUCAAGCCAAACCCUCCCCCAUCUGUACCCCAGGCCUCACCGCCCACCCCCACCAGGGUCCCCCAUGGAGGAUGGAGGAGAGUGUGGGGGGGGGAUCACGGACGCUCCCCGCGGUUCCAUCUUGCCCUCGACAGGAUCAUCUGGAUUAGCUCAGUGAGACCCAAAGCCUUCAGGACAGGCAGCCCCCAAUGCAGAUGCGUGAGUUGCCAUCUCCUGUUGGUGGGAACUGGGCCCCAGAGCCGCUGUGCUGGAGGAGACCUGGCGGGUUCAGGGUCCAGGCGGGUCUAACUCCCCUGGGGCACAGGGUUCUGCAGACACCCUCUCCAGGGACUCUCUUCCCGCUGCAUGAUGUUUUUUGCAGUCUGCUGUUUUACUUUGUAGGGUUCCCCCCACCCCCGCCCGGCCCACUACUGUCAGUUAAAGUCACUUAAAAAGGUGAUUAUCCACUUACAUUUGAAACCGUGUGGGGUUUCCCCGCAUCCUCAGCCAACAAAAGCAUAAAAGAAAAAAAUACCAAGUUCAGUAUGUUUUGCCACACACGCAGUAGAUCAAGUUUUGUGUCAACAUGAUUCUUUAAAUUUGGCGAUGAUAGGCUUUUGUUGGUUUUUUAUCACCUCCGUAGAGGACAGUGAUAUGUUUUUGAAAACUUAAAUUUUGAAAGCCAUAAUUUUUCUUUCGACCAGCUAAAGAGUCGGGGGGUGGGGAAGAUUACAAAUACAAGGGGGUCUUUGGCUUCUAAACUUGCCCAUUUGUUGUGGAACCACAACCAGCAUAUUAGGUCAUCAGUGUGGUGGGGGGGGGGGAGCAUUCUUGAUUUCUUGGUUUACAUCCAUCCUGGAAAGAAGGAUGAAGAGUUUUCUUAGAGGCAGAGACCACUGUUUUUGUUUUGUUUUUUUUUAAAUUGUCGUUGUUGUUGGUUGUUUUGUGGUGCUGGGGAUUGAGCCCACAGCCUUGUGCAUGUGAGGCAAGCACUCUACCAACUGAGCUACACCCCCGUGUUACAUUAACAAGACAAAAGCAUUCUGCCAGAUCAGAGGCACCUUGACAAUGACAUUUACACUGCUCUCAGCAAAGAAAGUGUGCUCAGUGGCCAUAGUCUUUGGGAGAUUCCCAGCAUAAGGGACAGGAGAGGAGCAGAGAGGGAUGCAGAGAUUGGUGCUGGGCAAGUGAUUUUGGUGAUGGUCAUUUUCCUUGAAUGCCUGUGUUGAACUAAGGGAAAUGUCCCCAUGGGGCCGCAUCCCACGCCACAUGGCCUUCAUGCGGCACCCAGAGUUGGGGUGACCCUGCUGCAGCCUGUCCUGCGCUGGUGCAGGUUUGCCUGGAUCAUCAGGUUUCACGAGGCACAGAGGUAGUGCUGGUCACUGGAGGAAGCUCCAGUUCUUCCCUCCUCCAACUGGGAUCUGUCCCAGCCAAGGUCCAUUUCUGUAUCUUCCAGCCACGGCAGGGUCUUCUACAACAAGCCCUGGCUGCUUGAACUUCCCAUGAGAAAGGGUUCUCUCUGCGUUCCUUGCCUCCUUGUUCUCAGCUGGGGACCUGCCAAACUCUGGACUGUGGACAGCUCACUGCUGCUGGCAGGCCCUUUCCCCUGCCCCCACCUUGUCCCUUCAUGCAGGUGACACUCCCCAGAAGCACACAGGUGGCUGCCCUGUGCAAGCCCCUCCCCCUACACCUGGUUUCUCCAGCUCAAGAACAUUCCAGUGAGUUCUGAAGUCCUCCCCCACCCUGCAAGCCCAGAGGAUGCCUCAGGAGAGAGCUGAGGUUGGACAGACCUGCAGAGCAGCCCUGCCCUGCACUCUGUCCCCAGGCCCAUCCUGGAAGGUUGAUGAAUACCCGAUCCCCGGGGCCCCUUCCUCCCUGGUGAGCACAAAUGCUACGUGACUUAGUUAAGAUCAUCCCAAACAACUUCCCCGAGGUACCCUAAAAGAAAAGCAUUGCUUUUGGUGGUGCUGGGGAUUGAACCCACGGCCUGGUGCAUGGGAGGCGAACACUCUGCCAACUGAACCCCAGCCCCAGGUAUUGCUUUCUGUUGUCCAGGAGUUCUUGGUCCCAGAAUUCAGCUCACCCAACCCUGCUGGUUGAAUGGCCACUAACGGGGCUCCCCUCAAACACACAAAACUCCGAGGGCCACCUCUUCCCCUCUGGCAGAAGUGCUAAGUAGAUCAGGAAGGACGCCUGGGCAGCUCGGGGCAGCCUCGCCUGUCUGGUCCUACUCCCUGGUUAGCUGCCGAGGACACAGGCCUCGUGUAGGUGGCUGCUUCACUCCACACCUAGCCACUGGCUCUGCUCUUGUCCGCUCUGCACCGAGUGCCUGGGGAAGGGGUCCCCUCUGCGGUGUCUGGACAUGCAUGGUGUGUGGCGAGUGCAUCCAUACGUACCUGAGCACAUACAGCUGAAUCCAACCUUGUGCGUCAUAUCUCAUCCACACCUCUGCCAUGUCACCCGAGCUACAGAGGAAUCAUCUGGACCAUUGUGACGUGAUGCUGCCCAGUGCUGCCCUGGGCCCAUGCACAUGUCCCUGCCAUGUGCUGGUCUUGCAAUAGGUGCCACAGCCCCGCCCUCAGACACAGGCGUCUAACAGACUCCCCGUGGGCCGCUGCCCUGGCCAGGGUCCUGCUGCAAGAGAAGAUGGCUGCUCCCUCCCCUCCCUACGCCGUGGUCAUUGUUCUACAAUUGAGUGCCUUAAUCCUAGUUUACAAAUACUGUGUAUUUAUGGAGACUGUUGCGCUUUCAUCUUUGGUGACUGGGUAUUUAUCUCGUCAGUGGUGGUCGGUGUGGGACACGAGCUGUCCUAGGCCAUUCUCGUGUUGACUCCGCUGUGCAGUUGGACGUGGUGUGUCCACAGCUCCUCCAGGGAUCCUUGCUAGAAACAGCACUGUGGUUCUGGGGGCCGGGCCAGCCUCCGCCACGGCUGCGUCCCUCGGAAGCCCACGAAAGAACGCAGUUUGGUUUGUGGCCAGCUGGGGAGUGGCACACCAAGCUCCUGACCCCAGCCCUCGGCCAUCCCCAUCACAGCGGUGCCCUUGUCUCAUAGAGGUGUGACUGCCGCCUGGCCACCCUGGCUUUCCUCUCUUAGUGUCCUAAACUCUUUGCAACAAAAUGUAGGUCCAGGUCCCCCCACAGGGACACCACCGGAAGAGUUAGUCCUUGGUUUUUCAGAAGCUGCUGGUGGGUUCCUGUGUGUUGUGUUAUAUCAAUGAUUUUUUAAUUGUUUUUCUUCUUGUUUUUUUAUAUUAUAUAUUUAAAGGCAGUAUCUUUUGUACUGUGAAUCUGCAGUAGAAUAUGCAUAAUGCACUUUUUUUUACUUCYGUUGGUGUGUAUUAUAUAUAGUCUGUGUGCUUCU